CUUGCAGAUGAUUGUGCGAUAGCCUAUCUUGUGGAUGCGUAUGCCUCCAGAGGAAAGUCUGAGUUGUUAGAUGGAAAAGUCAUGAUUACUUCAUCAGGAAGGUCAGACGCCAUUGCAAGGGCUCAGCCUUUUCUCUCUGCAAUGUGUGACAAGCUUUACAUUUUUGAGAGUGAAGUUGGUGCUGGAAGUAAAAUUAACAUGGUCAAUGAUCUGCUUGAGGGCAUUCAUCUUGUUGCUUCUCUGGAGGCUAUCUCUCUUGGUGUCAAAGCUGGUAUCCAUCCCUGGAUUGUCUAUGAUAUCAUUUCUACUGCAGCAGGGAAUUCAUGGUGAGUGCUUCUAUUCUCAAUUUAAUAUUUUCUUUGAUAAAUGUUUUUAUGUUCUGAAAUUUAAGAUUCCAGAUUAGAGGCAAGCCUAAGAAUGAGAUGCUGUAAAUUCUUGGGUUUUUAAUUCUGCAGCUAUAUCAUGGAGGAGCUGGAAACAUGUCUAUGACA